GAAAUUCCCUAUCAAUUAUCUUGAACUUUUCUUUUCGAACUCUACAAGACCUUUGAGGAAGACAAUCUAAACCGUUGUCCAGAUAGUCAUGCAGAUCUUCGUCAAGACCCUCACGGGCAAAACCAUCACCCUCGAGGUUGAGUCUUCGGACACCAUCGACAAUGUCAAGGCCAAGAUCCAAGACAAGGAGGGAAUCCCACCCGACCAACAGCGAUUGAUCUUCGCCGGAAAGCAACUCGAAGAUGGCCGCACCCUCUCCGACUACAACAUCCAAAAGGAGUCCACUCUUCACUUGGUGUUACGUCUCCGUGGUGGUGGCAAGAAGCGCAAGAAGAAGGUCUACACUACCCCAAAGAAGAUCAAGCACAAGCGCAAGAAGACCAAGCUCGCUGUAUUGAAGUACUACAAGGUUGAUGGUGAUGGAAAGAUCGAGCGUCUCCGCAGAGAGUGCCCAACUCCAGACUGUGGUGCCGGUGUUUUCAUGGCUGCCAUGCACGACCGUCAAUACUGUGGACGCUGCCACUUGACCUACAUCUUCGAUGAUGCCAACAAAUAAAUUAUCACCAAUGGAUAAUCGAAUAUGAAGGAAUAGAUUCUCGCAUGCUAUGGUGUAGUUCAGAUAUUACUCAAUGCUACGCUGAAUCUAUGUCAAAUAUGCUCGGUUUUUUUUAAUUAUUGGCUGUGAAACA